AUGCAGAGUCAAGUAACCCAGGAUAUCUGGAGCUCCAGCGAUGCAUCAACCUCCUCACUUGGUCGGCUUCUUGGGCGCCGUCGACGUUCAGAUUCGGUAUCUCCUCCGGAUAACAUACCUGAACAUCCUCCAUGUAAACGACACGCCGGUCCCCAUGAUUUUCCUUCAUCCGCCAACAAUGAACAUACGUCAACCCUCAUUAAUGGAAUACUCACAGGGCAGCAGCCUCGCGACGAGAGAGUGGCUUCCAUGGAACAUUUCUUUGGUGUUGACCCUUUUAUUUCGGAAGACCCAACGAAUAAAACCCGCUAUCGAGAAAGGAAAUUGCGGUCACAGUUGGAUAUUGAGCAACGAAAAAACGACAUUCGACACUUAAAAGAGUUUGGCGGUGCGUGUCUGUGGUGUCACCGAAGCAAGAAGAAAUGCGGUGCUGUCUACCCUUGUCCAUCAUGUGUCCACCACAACCGCAAGUGCAUUCGGAACUCGGGCGAACUGUCCCUAGCAUCGCUUUUGGUUGAACCUACAAAGGACUCUUCAUGGGCAGCCUUUGGUCUUCCUCUACAAGCGGCACUUGAUAGAUUUCAGGAAAUGGGAGACCGAGCUUUUCAUAGAAGGGAGUUCUUCAAUGCUGUGAUCCACUUCGGUCAGCGAAAUGCUUCAUUGCUCGACAAGUGGAAUAUUGAACUAGCCCACGAUGACUUGGAUUUAUCGCAGCUAUCUAAGGUCCAAAUCAGCACUGCUCUUUUUCAGUUGGCCAAGAAAACCAAACCUCAUUUCCACUGCUCGGGGCUUGCACAACUUGAAAAUAAAUAUGCAUACCAUCCUCUUGUUAAUGCUGCAUUGAAAAUGGCGAGACUCGUGAUGACUAUUGGUGGUCUGGCGAAAUCUCAAGUUCAUGCACGCGUAUCCGACCUUGAUCAAGGACAAGUGGUGGUGUUUUUGAUUUUUCAUGUCUGCUUUCUCGACUUGACGUAUAUGUCCAACCAGUUUGCCAAUGACCUUUGCUCGGUACUACGCAAAAAGCAGUCACAAGAUAUGUGCAGAUUUAAUAUACAUCGAACAAGCAGCCACAAGGAUCUAAACCCUGUCUGGGUGGCCAUUGCUAUUUACUUCCGCGUCGUCAGUGGCUGCUUGGACUUACAAAGGACUCAAGUGAUAGCAGGUCUAUUUGGCCAACUGGAAGAGCCCUUGAUGAAUCUUCGCAGUACUCUGUUGAACACUGUCAAAGUUGUCAACAUCCAUAAAAAUGCCAGUCUCAAGUCCAUGGCCAGGCACAUUCUCAAGACCCAGAUUCCUGAGCUUCCAACUAAUCAUCAUAUUUUCGACUUGGCUUUAUCACUUGUGCCCACUGACUCUGAGGAUACUAUUGCAUCCGCCAAUCUCAUACCAGACCCAUUCGCCGAAGACCAAUACGAUCUGAACACCUUCCUGCAUGGAUUUACAGAGCUUCAUGUCCGGCCAGAGGUUGCGCAAUCUGUUCGUACACUAGUUCAUAGUGCACCUCCCGAAGUCUCAGCGCUAAAACCAACGUCAAUCCCUUUCUUAGCGCCGAAAAUUCCGCCUACACCGGCUCCCUAG